AUGUCUUUUAAAGAGCAUAAUCGUCUGUACGACCUGGUCGUCUUUGGGGCUACUGGGUAUACCGGCCGUGUAGUAGCUGAGUACAUUACGGCCAACUUCCCGAUUGAUACGAAAUGGGCUGUUGCGGGUCGCUCCGUGUUAAAGCUCCAGGCAAUCGUCGACAAUUGCAAAUCGGUGCAUUCAGAUAGAAGCCCACCAGAAAUUGAAAUCGUCAAUGUGGAUAACAAUGAAGAGAUGAGUGCGUUGGCGAAGAAGACGUUUGUCAUGAUUACAACUGUCGGCCCAUACAGCCAAUAUGGGGAGCAAGCGGUCAAGGCAUGCGUGGAGGCCGGCACGCACUACCUUGAUGCAACUGGUGAAGCACCCUGGGUCUAUAAGAUGAUCAAGAAAUAUGAAUCGGCUGCGAAAGAGAGCGGCGCGAUUCUCAUCCCUCAGAUGGGCCUUGAGUCUGCGCCUCCAGACCUCUGUACCUGGUCUUUGGCCAAAACGCUUCGCAAAGAACUAGAUGCCCAGACCAAAGACGUCGUCCUUUCGCUUCACGUUUUACGAGCGGCACCAUCUGGCGGCACCAUCUCUACUGUUCUCAGUGUAUUCGACAAUCUUACUCUGACUGAACUGCUGGAGUCUGGAAAGCCUUUUGCUCAUUCUCCCGUACCUCACCCAGCCGAGCCAAAAAGACGUGAAACCUCCAUUUGGCAAAAGAUCCUUGGUAUUCACAAUGUCCCUAACCUUGGAACUCUGACCACGGGCUUGACUGGUACUACCGACCAGGGAGUAAUAGAACGCUCGUGGGGGCUUUUAUCGCAAAUUCCCAGCCGGAAAGACCAGUUUUACGGGCCAAACUUUCAUUGGGAAGAAUACAGCAAGCCUCGCAACUGGCUUGAGGGGAUAUUAACCCAUUGGCUGCUCACAAUCGCAGUUCUAUUCCUAGCAAUAGCGCCUGUCAGAGCAAUAGCUAGAAGAUUUGCUCCUGAACCAGGCACAGGCCCUUCCGAGGAAGAUAUGGAUAAGGAAGAGGUUGAGUGGCGUGGCAUAGCAAAUCCUGAUACGAAGUCGCCUGUCACCAAGCAAGCCUUUGUUCGAGCUUGGUAUCAUGGUAGCAUGUACAAGUGUAAGUGUGAAAUGACCAAAAAUUCCCUCUAG